AGAACAUUUGUCUCAACGUCCUCGCGCGCCCCCCUCGAUCGCUAUAUCCAAGAUCGCGAGCCUCGCCCGACGCCGCGGUGAUUCAAUCCAUCAUCGUCAACAUCGCUGCCGCAUUCAAAUCGCGCCUCGCGACGCCAUAUUAAUUAUCAGCUGCCCUGCCGCAUCCUGCUGGUGCCUGCAUUCGCGACUAUGGCCGCCCAGCCAUCCACGUCGGCACCCGGGUCGGCCACCGCGACGCCCCCUGCGGCCACCGCCGACGACAACGAUGCCGGCUCCCAGUCUCCUGCCCCCGAAGCAACCACAAGAACCAAAGAAUCGUUUAACAAGUUGCUGAUAGAGCGAUACACGUCGCGCGAUGCCGUUGCCGCUGCUGCUCUUGUCGAGCAGAUGCAAAAGGCAAGGCUCUCGGCACAAGAGACGCGCGAACGAAUCAAUGAUUAUCGCAACAUCCGCACAAAUUUCCAGCCGUGGUUCCCACCUAGCAAACUCUACGGUGAUGGAUACCAGGGCUUUGGCAAUGGAUAUACCGAAAACCACGGCCCUGCCAGAAUCAUCUACCCCGGACAAAAGCCGCGCCCGGGACAGAGAACUACCCCUUCAUUCAAAUGCCCUCGCAAGGAUAUGCUCAAGCAAGCCGAGCAACACGAGGAGCUUGUACCUCUCCGCCUCGAAAUCGAAUGGGACAAGGUCAAGCUCCGCGACACGUUUACCUGGAACUUGCACGACCGUAUCCUCGGCAUCGACCUCUUCGCUGCGCAGCUAGUCGAAGACAUGGGCCUCAAGCCUCCUGCAAAUCACCCAGUAUAUGAACAGGUUAUGCAGCAGAUGCGCGAGCAGCUCAACGACUUUUACCCAUUUGUCUUCUCCGAAGAAGACGCUCUCGACCCUGAACUACCAUACUCGGCAUACAAAAACGACGAGAUGCGCGUUCUCAUCAAGCUCAACAUCACAAUUGGCCCACACACUCUUGUAGAUCAAUUCGAAUGGGAGAUCAACAACCCUGCUAACUCACCAGAGGAAUUUGCGGCCAACAUGGCGCGUGAUCUUUCUCUGUCGGGCGAAUUUACCACGGCCAUUGCCCACUGUAUCCGUGAGCAGACACAGCUCUUCACCAGGAGUCUUUACAGCGUUGGCCACCCAUUCGAUGGCAGACCAAUCGAGGACGCCGACCUUGUUUCCGCAUUUUUGCAGACGCCGCUGCCCAGUGUCUUUAGACCUCAGCAGCAAGCUAAGGAAUACGCGCCUUACAUGUACGAAAUGAGCGAUGCCGACCUUGACCGAAACGAGACCAUAUUCUCCAGAGAACAGCGCCGCCAGAAACGAUCGAUAAACAGAAGAGGAGGACCCCAGCUUCCCGAUCUCAAGGAGCGCCAGCGAACCAUCAGAACACUGAUUGUCUCGUCCGUGCUGCCUGGAGCUGCGGAAAAUGUCGAGGACAGCGGCUUGUACAAGCGUGCAGCUGGCAGCAGGAAGAGAGGUAAUAGAGACGGUGAUAUUUCCGAAUCGGAAGAGAGCGAUGACUCCAUGCCGGACUCUCCUGCUCCUUCGAACAUGGCUCAAGGCACUGCUCGUACCAGAGGCAUCCGUGGUGCAGCUUCCGUUGCGCAGCAUCGCAUGUCGACACUCGGACGAUCUGAGACACCAGAAGUCGGCGGCCACCAUGACCCUCGCGGCUCCCGUCGACUCAGAGAAGAAACCGAAGAACCUAUCCAGCUUAUCGUCACGCUCAAGGUUCCCAAAGAAAAGCUCCAGCGCUUGAUGAGGGGUGACCUGCGCGACCUUCGAGCCCCCACACAGAUUGAGACUCCUGUCCCCGUCCCCAUCCCUGGAUCUGCUGCUAUUGUCAAGCCCAACGUCACAUCUGCUCCUGCAGCUUCCUCCCAGCCCGGCGGUCCAUCUAGCACGCUGCCUCCUGGCCAGCUUGGUCGUCUUCCCGCACCCCCUCUGAUUCCUGGACAACCAACGCCUCCAGCUCCUCCCCCUCCCGACUGGCUCGUCAAGGCUCUCGAGGAACUCAAGGCGAAAUAUGCCGGCGGUGAUCGCUUCGAAGCUACGAUGAAGUACUCGACACUAGACCCCAUCACAGAACUACCAACACUUGUCCAGCCUCCACCUCCUGGCGUCAAGUUUGCCUGGCUUCCUAGAAUUCGUUGCCUAGAUUGCGCCCAGAAGCUGUACACACCUGGACCGGACCAGACUGCCCAAAAGUUCGAGGCACACUUGAAGUUCUCUGGCCAUCAGCAGAAUGUCCGCAAGCGACUAAGCGACGAAGCCAAAGCUAGCGAGAUGGCUGGAAACUAACCCAGCUUCUGACUGUCUAUUUUACUGUAUUCAUGCUAUGGGAAGCAGCUUGGCAAAGAGACGCAAAGCCAUAUACUUGCUGCAUACGGGACAAAUGCGUGCCCCUUACUUCCUUCAAAGAAAAAAGCGGCGUUUACUUGGUUGCGUGCUGGAGACGGAACGUUGGGAACUGAUGCAAACGUUAUUGGUAAAGCAUUAUGCUGUUAUUCCGCACUCAGUUCUCCCCGUGCUUCUAGACUUCGUUGUUUGUAUCUUUUAUUUGGUAUUUUCUUUUGUUGCAUUGUGUUUCUUCUAGAUGACUGGUACGGGAUUGGUAGCAGGUGUACGUAUAUAUCAAUUUAUUAUUUCCUGAUUGAAAGCCCCUUUACCCAAUAACGUAUGAUUACAUAGUUUCACGGUCGUUUGUAGAGCUGAAAGCUUCGGCAGUAAGAAACAAAGGUAAACUUGACAAAUUAAUUUGAUAUUCUUUUCAAACAUGAAAUUCUAGCCCGACGAACCCCGGUGUCUGUCGUGGCUCCAGUUGCACAGCAUUUCGACAUGCCUAUCAAACGAAGUAAUCUCCAAACUAGCAAAAUAAUAUCUCCUACCCGUUGAUACAGCCUAUCCCUUUACCUGGUUCGCCUUGAGGCGGUAGCCUUCCCUUUGCCAUUCCGGCUGUUGGACCCCUCAUCCUCCUCGUCUUCCUCCUCAUUGCUGCCGGCCUCCUCAUCCGACGAGGCAGGCUCAUCGUCUUCGUCUUCAUCGCCAUAGGCCCACUCAGCAACACCAUCUAGCAUCUCCUCUUCGUCAUCUUCAUCGUUGCGUUCCGUGUAAUUCGAAACCUUGUGGGAGCGGCUGCUUCGACGACGUUCUCCUGGCUCUGGCGCAGGAGAUGCGCGCUUCUUCGGCUUUGCUACCUUCUUCGCCUUCGCCUUCUUUGGCGCGGCCUUGGUCGACUUGCUGCCAUCGCCAUUCUUCUCCCGGAUGACCGCCUGUAUUUGUCUCUUGGUGCGCUUAGCAGAGGGUUCUCCACCUUCGCUCAACGACUUUCGUUUCUGCAUCCAUUGUUAGUAGUGAUUCAAAGCCAAGUUAGAUUGGGUAAUUUAGACGUACCUUCUUGCGGUCGAUGGCUUUUAGCAGAUCGUCCAGCUUCUCAUCAAGGGAAUCAGGAAUGUAUUGCUUUGUAGCGAUUUGCUGGGCAACCUCACUAGACUUGAGAGCUGCAAAGAGACCAGCAGGUAAUCCCACCUUACCGGGGAAGGCUUGGAAGCUCCAGUUGCGCUUCUCCUGGAACUUUCUGAUAAUGGCUUGUGCUAGGUCGCUCAGCACGUACAGGUUCUCACUGGCUUCGGGGUUGAGGCCAUCUUGCGUCUGCUUGAUUCUCUCGGCGUACUUGAAAAUAAGAGAGAUGUUCUGUUCGGUAGCGACUGUGUUGAGGUAGAAGAUGAAGUAGUUGGCAAAGUCGGCCAGGUCAUCAGCAGCCGGGCUGUAGUCCGGGUGAUGGGCAAGAAGGGGGACCAGUCUAGCCAUGACAGCCUCCAAAACUUGCGUCUUUUGUGUCUCAUAGAAGAUAGCCCGAGAUCGAAUCCAUGUUUCGACCCUGUUCUUGAUUUCGGGUACAGGUUCAAAUGCAACGAUAAAUAGCAUGGUGACGAAUCUGACGCGCAGUUUGCCGCGGGUCAAGUAACUCUGGAGCUUCUCCAUGAAACCUUGUCGUACGUGCACCUCGCUAUCUUGAAUGAGCUCCGCAAGCUUAUUGAAGCUAGGCGCGUCAAACAGGUCGUCAUAUUUCUUGAUCGAGCACAGCUUCAGAAUAAGAAGACCAGCCAAGAGGCGAAGACGCUUCUUAUGUGGCAGCGGGGUGUCUUUGACCUUGCAAAACUCUCCCUCUGCAACAACAAACGUUUUCAAGAGUUUAAAGAUAGCCCUAGCUCGAUCUUCCGCAUCUGGUUCGUUUUCACUUGCGAUGACCUGGUUCACAAGAAUCUUCAAAGCCAGACACUUGGACUGGAGCUCUUGGUUCAUAUCAGCAUCCGAGACCCAGGAAGGAUCUGAAGCCUGCGCGUCAGUAUGAACUUGUCGUAGGAUUUGUUUGAUUGUAAUAUCUUGAAUAGCAUCGCCUGAAUCAACUGUGACGGUUGGGACAAGUCGUUCUAAUUGACAUACGGUCGCCAGUUUGUUCAAGAAAUGAGGCGACUUGCGGUCAAAUUUCUCCAUAGUCUUGCGCAAAAGGUUGGUUGCUGAUACCUUUCCCUUGUCGUCGUUCUUGGCAAGGAUAAUGUUAACAGCAUAUUUGGCAGCUUUAGGGGGAGCACCGUAGAGAGCAUAGUUGCUCAAGGUCUGUACAAAGCCUCUAUCGUAGUUGAUAUCCCCAGGAUAUUUCUUGGCGAAAGAUGAAUACGCUUUCAGAAUGUCAACUACCGAUGGGUCAUUUGCUUUGCUUUCUGUUGGCGACUGCUCAAUGAUUUCUUUUCGCAGUUCUUCCGCAUGGGCCUUGAACAAAUCAGGAUUUCUCUGUGAAAUAUCGUUCAGAAUCUGAUGGGCAGCACCCGCGAAUCCAUUCUUGUCACUCUUGGAACAAUUCAUGAUCGUUGCGAGGUGGCUGCGGUUGAACAUGAGGGAGCUUGACCGAUAGAACAGUGGAAUAAGGGUUUCCAGAGAUGAUGCAGCGCUGCCUCCUUGGAGCUUGGUAAUGAGCUCGUUAAUUGCACGCCGCACAGUCUUGAAAUCACUUUCCGAUUCGAUGGCAUAUUUGACUAGCUGAUAGCAUCUUCGCUCAUUGAGCUUCGCAAACUUUUGCAAGUCGGCACGCACUUUCAGAGGAUCCGGGAAGAAGGCCCCAAGCCAUUGGAAAGUCUUUCCAAGACUGGCCUUGACCUUCUCCUCGUUUGCGUCAAUAACUCCUCCGUUGUAGGCUUCGCACUGCUGAAUGAAAAUGGAGACACCUUUAGCGAACUGAGGUUGGCGCGCUUGCAUAGCGAAGAAAGCUUUCUGAGCAGAAGUAUCAAAGGACUUGAGCAUCAACAAAAUACGCUCGGCUCUUAGACGAUCUUGGUCAGCUUGACCAAGUGCUGUCUUUGACGCGGCCUUGUUCGCUUUGCCCUUAAUAGCGGGAAACUUUAGAGGGACAAGGCAUUCAAACAUGACACGAUCAAGAAGGACGUUCAAGUCAGGAUCAUUGGCGUAGAACACGCCAACAAUACAAGAUGGGAUACCAGACAAGCACGCUGUGACAGCCUCCUGGCCGUCCGCGAUUUCACCAGCACCAACAGCCCACAGCUUGCCUAACAGGACCAUCGCAUCGACACGAACAGCAGGCUUUCUGUCUCGACAGCGAUCUCCAAGGAUGUUGAACAAGGAUCCCUUCUUUUCAAUGCCGCCUAGUGGACCAAGUUUCUGGAUGACGUCCUUGAACUCGAAGAGCUCAAUGGCUUUAACAGCGGCGAUUCGCACCUUUUCCUCACUAUCGCUUAGCUUAUCAACCAAGCCGCCGAUAAGCUCUGUUUCGUCCUCACGACUCAAGCCGAUUCCACCGGCUGAUGUUGACAGGAUGUACCCAACUGCAGUGACCCAGGAUGAACGAAUGGUGCCAGACUUAUCGUUCUUUCGGCUUACAAAGUUGCGGUAGGUAGCAUGAUGGGACUGCGCAAAGGAUUGUGGUGAAAAUGGAGUGGUUAAGAUGUUGGCGUUUGCUGUUGGUGUAGUUGGUUCGCUCAUUAAGCGAACCGGUGGCCAUGCAGAUGGAUCCAAAGUUGGAGGUGGCGGAGGACCUGCCGCGCCAAUACCUGAAAUCAUAUCACCAAAUGCUUCUGUUGCAAUCUGGCGCAAAUGGACGUUGUCGGCCGACAGCUCGGCGUCGAGCUGAGGAACAACGUUUUGGAGGAUUGAAGGAGCGGCACGCCAGAGCUCUCGAAUCAAUAAAUGUGCUUGCCUCAAGCUCUUCAGAUCUGCUUCCGAGGGACCCGAACCAGUGUCUUCGUCGUCAGAAUCGUCGCCAUGUCCGUAUCCAUUCUUGGUUGCAAAGCCAGAUGCAUUCAGGAUAACAUCGCUGAAGUACUGACUGACAUAUCGAGACAUUUUGUCCGUGCAGCCAUUGCAAAUGUUCUUCGCCAUUAUAUAAGCAGCAGGCUCGGUUUUGUGUAGUAAUGUAGACUGGUUGUCACUAUGAUCCUUUGCUCGGGCACCACCUGGAGGUGCAGCGCGCAAGAACUGGCUGAUGAUAGCGUCGACAACACUCGCGGGAAUGCUGCCUGGCGAUUCGUCAAUCAAAUGAAUCAACAUAUCCGUCAAAUGAAUUUCGACAUCCUUGGCAACCUGUUCCUCAGCGGCAGCCUUGGAGCUUGCAGAUAUUCCGUCGAAGGUAGAGUUGAAGAGGCGCAACAAUAGGUCGUCGGCACCGUGUAUUUCAGGUAACAAGAGGAUACUCUUAACUUCUGUAAGAGACACAAGGACAUACUUGUGCUGGCUAGUGUAUGGGUUUGUCGGGUCAUGAAGAGCUGGGAGAAUAUCUUUGACGAAGAGAGUGAACAUCAUCUAC